ACCAGCUAGAACUUCUGGUUGGGCGGAGUUUGCGUUGCGUGAAUGGAGGAGUUUGGUUUGGUGGAAAUUAGGAAGAGUUCAGGUGGUGAUGGGCCGCAGUUUGCUGACACCCACAAAAAAGUACCGUUCAAAAUUAAGUCUGUUAACUGUAAACGUUUACCAAUCAGAACCCAGUCAGUCGUUUCAGUUUCUUCUUUUCUUCCUCUUAAAUUGAAGGGAGAGAAGACGAAGAAGAGGGACAGCAGAAGAAAGGGAGAGGGGAGAGAGUGUGAGAGAGGUUUAUGGUUUUUGAUGGAGAUUUGGGUGAACUGAAGGAGGACCCACUUCACGUUCAUCUUCAUCUUCAUCAAUCUCCACUCUCUCUUUGACCAGAUCCUUCCGUUCUGUGAUAAUUCCAUUUCCUCUGUACUUUUUUUUUUUUAAUUGGGUUCGUAUACUUUGUGACUGAUUUUAAAAUUUGUUGGUUGCACCUAAUUGAGAAGCAUUGCUAACUUUUAUUCCUGAAGAUCCGUGUUUUUCUUUCUCCAAGUAUCAGAAAGAUAUUGGUAUUUGAAUCCAGAUUCAACCCUACUUCUCUUAAUUCUCAUUUGUCAGCCACCCAUAACAUAAUAUCUACAGACAACAGUCUUCUUACCUUUGUAACCAGUUCCUUGUUCAACCAUUCCUUCUAUUUUUUUCUCCCCUUUUCACUUUCCUAUCUCUAAUUGACAGCUGUCCUGAAUGCUUCAAGGUUUCACCAAUAGGGAUCACUGUAACACAGAGGCUAGUUGAUCAUCGGAGGAGCUCUUCUGCUGGCUCUGGAGCUUUGAAGUUUGGGUUGAUUAAUCUAACUACCACCAAUAAAACCUUGUCGUUUAUGCGUGUAGAGUGGACACCCAUAUCCAUCUUUGGACUAAAACCUGAAUGAGGUCCCACUAACAGAAUUCUGUUAUCCAAUGCUCUCUCGCAUUGGUAGAUUCCAUUUCUUUCGUUCUCUGUAAUUUUAAGGGGGUGAGGGGCUGAGGGGCUGAGGGGAAGGGAGGUGUUCAAGGGAGGAGAUUUCAGACAUCAGACCUUUUCUUUUAUAUAUAUCACCAUUGCUUUUUCUUUUUCCUCAAUUGGGUCCUCUCCUUUCUUCUUUUAUCUUUUGUGCCAAACUUGAAUCAACCAAUCUGAGAACUACCCUUAUCUGAUGCUUUUCUUCCUGAUAUCCUGCCUCUCCUUCAUCAUUCUUUCCAAGUCCCUUUCUCUCAAGCCUCUCCCACCAUGGGCGAGUAAGUUGAAAUUGCUCUCGAUUUGGUUUUGGCAGGAAUUUUCAUCUUUUCUUGUAUCCUGGUCAAGAGAAAGUAAGCUAACCGGCAGUUUUUUCCAAAGUCCCGCAAGUAUGCCUAUGAACAAGAGGCCUGCUAGUCUGAAACUAGAGAUUGUGGAGGAGACACCAGAGAUGUCCAUAUUGGAUUUGCCUGAAUUGGCCUUGGAAUGCAUUCUCGGAAAGCUUCCCCCAUCUGGGUUGUGUCGCAUGGCUGGAGUUUGUCGCUCUUUGAGGGACAGAUGCAGGAGUAACCACCUAUGGGAGAGUCAUAUGAAGAAGAAAUGGGGUGGAGUAAUAGACCGUGCAGCUUAUCGUGAAUGGCAAUGGCAUAUUGCUUCUAUGAAGGAUGUCAGUGCACCAAGGAAAACCAAGAAGAAAUCCUUGGUCAUGUCUCUUUCCUGUAUGUGCUCUAUUCCAUGGGCUAGAUCGAAGUAUGACAAGCCGAGGAGUUCUUUGCCUGUGGAUUCGAUCAUGUCUUGGUAUCUCGCUCUUGAAAGCGGCAAGUUCUGGUUCCCUGCUCAGGUCUACAACCGCGAGCAUGGGCAUGUGGGCUUCAUGUUGUCUUGUUAUGACGCAGAGCUUAGCUAUGAUAGCCGCACAGAUACAUUCUAUGCCAGAUACCCACCACAUGGUAGGCGGACAGCUGUGAUAGAAGAUGGUGUGCAGUGGGAUAGGAUAAGAGCACCACCUGUUGAUACUCCUCCACAUGAUCUUCAUGUCUCUGACUGUUUAAAUGAUUUACACCCUGGUGAUCAUAUUGAGAUUCAGUGGAGAAGGAAUAAGGAGUUUCCAUAUGGUUGGUGGUAUGGAGUUGUGGGUCACCUGGAAUCCUGUGAUAGAAAUGAGAAUCACUGCCUCUGUUCUUAUAGUGAUACUGUGGUUCUGGAGUUCAACCAGUACACCCAUGGAUCACGGUGGAGGCAAACAACCAUUAGCAGGAAGGAUCAUCGGGAAGAAGGUAAUGAAGCAGAUGGAUUUUAUGGAGGAAUCAGGAAACUUUACUGUAAGGAGGAGAUCUCAACAUGGAAGCGGCUAUGGCCAAAGGAGGUUUUAGAAUAGGUUGAUAUAGCUUGAAUCACAAUACACACUAGUGCCUAUGUGGUUCUUAGGGUCUAAAAUUAGGAUUCAAUUUAAGUUGGGUGGAUGUGGAGGCCAUGUUUUUUCCGGCUGGUGGGAAUUUUCAGCUGUUAGAUGUGACCCUGGUCCACGGAAAGAAAAAACCCUUUUCUCAAUAAAUGUGAAUAGAGUGUACCAUAUACUACAUUAUAUAACUGUGGUGCUAUUGAUUAUGAAAUUGGAAAAACUCUUCCUAUUGCUUGCUAGCAAGUCCUUAAACAGUGGGGAUGUAAUGUUUUUGUGGUACAAAGAUUUACUUGUAUUCUGAUAAAUGUGUCCUCUCAAAUGACCAAUACAAAUUCUGUUCUUUCAA